AUGGGUGUCAUACCUCUCACGCUGCAAAUUCGGAGCUACACACAGUUCGUCCGACCAACCAAGAUGUCCGAAAUCCUCGCCGUACCUCAAGAUCAGCAAAAAGAAAUCUCAAAUAUAACGAAAGUUUGCCCUGUGGAAGCGUUUGUGCUGGCUGGAGUCUGGUGGAACUUUGAACCAACACACUACUAUCUCACUGACAAUGGCACCAUUUGCCACGCUGUUGUACCACAAUACAACACACACGGAAAUUACUUCAUCGGGAGCUCUAAAGUUGCUCCACAUCAUACUUCUCCAUCCAGUUGUGAGAACGACAGCUUUCCAUUCGACGUGUACUUUUACCACGCCAGCAUCGGAUUUUACUCGUUCUACGAAGGAGAGACGGGCACAUAUUGUGCCAACGACAAAUUAUCGUACAUUCAAGUGGAUGUUCUUGGCUCGUACGAUAUUAACGGUUCGUUCUUAGCGGAAGAUACGGGUAGUACGAAGUCCAGGGUAUCGUACUGGUAUGGCAUCGUCGAAGCUACGUCAUGA